AUCCCAUCCCAUCCCAUCCCAGCCGCCACAGCUGCUGCUCGCCCUCUCCCUGUCUCCUCUCUCUUUCCAGCCACGGUUUCCCCUUCCCCCAUCCGCGCGCUAGGGCACGAGGCAAAUCUGUGGCCCUCUCCUAGUCUCCUGAAGUCCGACUCAGCCGUCUCCCAGCUCCCGCUCGCUCGAACUCGGGUUGGGGAGGCACGGAGUCACUGACCCCUUCGCGUUAGGCGGUGCCCUUACCGGCUCUUCGUCUAAGGUGUAGUCAAGCUGCCGGCCACGCCCGGCACCCCCCUAUCCAGUACAAGGCCUUCUCCGAGAUCCAGUACAAGGUCGUCGUCUCCAAGAUCUGACCCCGACGCUAGUGAGGAGGGAAGAGUGGGUGGACGAAGUGGGGGAGGAUGAGCGAGGAGAGGCCGGUGCCGCGGCGGGAGAGCCCGUGGGGUCUGCCUGAGGGCGACACGCGGCAGCCCAAGGCUCACCGCUGCAACGACCGCGCCGAGGACGUCGUCCAGGCUUGCUUUGAAGGGAACCCAUUCAAGACAGUUCCAGGCCCAUUUAAGCUCUUCUGGCAAUGCAUGCGCUCAAAACCUGGGGAGGAACCAACCGAGCCCUAUACCUACCUGCAGCUAGAUCCUCCGAGAAGGGUGGAAGUGAAUCUGGAGCAAACAGGAAGUGAACCUUGAACGAGCAUGCCUAGUUUAGCAUCUCGUGCCUAUUUGUCUUCACCUUUCGAGCAGACUUUUUCCUCCUAGGGAUCACAUCAUGUGAGCACAAAGCUGCAUAUGUUUGGAUGUUUAUAUAAUCUACCUAAUAAACCGUGAUCCCCAGAGCUGCCUGUCCAGGCUGCCAA